AUGUCAUGGUCGGGUAAACAACGUGCGCUCGUUGUGAAGUGUUUUUUUCAAAAUGGCGAGUCGCCUAUAAAAACGCAGCGCGCUCUGCGCACAACGCUUGGCCUUGGUCGACACGAUCCUGUUCCCAGCUGCAGAACAAUUAAACGUUGGGUGGAUAAUUUUAAUGAAACUGGAUCUACUGAAGACAAAAAGAGAAGUGGCAGACCCCUUACAGCCAGAACACCUGAAAAUGUUGAGGCUGUAAGGAACUCCUUUCUUAAGUCACCUCAUCGUUCGGCCAAGAAACAUGCAAGCGCCCUUGGUUUAUCAGACCGAUCAGUGAGACGAAUUUUGCAUCUCGACCUUAAAUUCCAUCCUUACAAAAUGGCUAAAGUCCAGGAAUUGCUACCCAGGGACCAAGAAACUCGAGUGGAGAGUUGUCGAAGAAUAUUGGACACAAUUCCGGUGAGUGCAUUUUUGCUUACAAGUGACGAAGCUCAUUUUCACUUGUGUGGAACUGUGAACAAGCAAAACAUGCGAUACUGGGCACCUGAAAACCCCCACGAGAUUCAUCCAAACCCUCUACACAGUUUAAAAGUCACUGUUUGGUGCGCAGUUUCCCGUUUUGGGGUCAUUGGCCCUUAUUUUUUCGAAGAGAGAGGCCAAACAGUGACAGUCACUUCUGAUCGCUAUGUGGCCAUGUUGAGGGACUUUUUUCAACCCAGACUCGCAGAAUUCAAGAAAGAAAUUGACGAGGAAGGCUUAGAUGAGGUUUGGUUCCAACAGGACGGCGCUACGGCCCACACAGCCACUCGAUCAAUGGCAUUGGUGCGCGAGCUCUUCCCGGCCCGUGCCAUCUCCCGCAGAGGGGACAUUAAUUGGCCCCCAAGGUCUCCCGAUCUCGCCCCCUGUGAUUUUUUUCUGUGGGGACACUUAAAGGCAGAGGUCUACAAACACCGUCCUAAAAACUUGGAAGAACUUAAAGCCGCAAUAAUUCAAGAAAUCGCAGCAAUUCCACGGGAAAUGACCGAGCGAGCUAUGCGAAGUUUUCGUUUCCGCCUUCAAGCCUGUAUCACCAACGAAGGUCGUCAUAUGCCAGAAGUUGUUUAUCAUACAUAA